AUGAAGCUCGGAUUCUGGCUACUCUUCGCCGAGUCAUGGCAGAGUUGUAGCUUCUUGCUGUCGCUUCCUGUGCGCACUCCACGAGAACAUGCCGGCAAUUUCUGGCGACUACAAUGGAACUCCUCCGAACAAACUGCAGAGGGACUGGUCGACCGGCUUCAAAGACAGAUCGGCGGGGAGGGUCUUCAUUUGCAUCUCAAUCUCGAGUCCAGCAGCUUCGUCAGUGUGACCUCUGGGACAGGUUUCCUUCAACUUGAAGAAGUGCCUGGAGAGUCGAGCUUUGUGCAGUGGGAGGAUCUGGUCGGACAUCUGCAUGGAAACUUGGCAAGCUACCGUCCGGACUUGGCUUUAGAUGUUGAGUUGGAGCCGUUCCUCGCGGGCCGGACGUCAAGCACAGAGGUUGGUCUCUUUCUGCUUGUUUCUCCCACUGCGACGUUGUGGCGAUUUCUGCCUCUGUCAGUGCAGCGGGUUUGGAAGCGGUUUCCAAACUUCAGACUGCAUGUGCUCGUCCACUACCCGGAUGACUGGCAAUCCCGCUUCUGGCGAAGGCACCUGGGUCCUAGCUUUGCUGCCCUGGGCGGCAUUCAUUGGUGCGGUGCCGUGAACCGUUUCCCGGCUUUGAACCCGAAGCUGGUGGAAAGGCGGCCAAUGGAUACCUACUUCAACAAGGUCUUCGCCAUGAUCGCCAUUGCUGAGCAUCAAGGGUUCAGGUGGAUCCUCUCUUUGGAUGACGAUGUUAUCCUGCCGCCCUUCGCUUUGAUGUCCAUGAUGAAGAUCGGGCGAAAAGCAGACGAGGCCAAUUGCUUUACGUCGCUGCCGCUCACACAGAACGGCAUCCCAGCCACCGAGCUGUUUGCGAUGACGUGGCUACAGCCUGAAGACAGGACGAGGUUGUUCCAGUGCUUCUCUAGCUGCUCGGGUCAUUUCUGCAACGAGAAUCGAAGCCUCAUGACUAUGUGUUGGCCAAGUGAGACCGACCAGGGCAUGUCUGUAGGCGUACCAGACCCGUGGAACGAGAUUUCGUGGUACUCUGCAUUGUCGCAACAUUUCGAGCUGCGGUGGUGGAAGAACCACCCGGUGUCCAUGAACAAGACCUGCAUGCUCCAGGCUCUUCUUCAUGGCUUGAAGGAGCUGUUGUUCUAUUGGCUUGCGGAGUUCGAUUCCCUUCAGUUGAUUGUGGACAGCAACUUCAGCUAUCCUUAUUUUGCCAACAACGUGUUUUUGAUCCGCACAGACACAUACCGCGAGGUCGUCGGGCACAGCAAGUGCUGCACCCGCACAGACGAGGUGACGAUGAAUCUUCUGCGGCAUGAGCAGCAAUCGAACCUCUGCUUCGUUCGAGAAUCUUUCGGCAUCCAUCCAGCCUGGGGCAACUUUGGACAGGACAUCAAGCAGGCUGCGGAGGCGGAAGCCAUGUCCUGGCUGAAGAGCAUAGCCGCACCGAUCUUUGCUACCAUGAGAGCAUGA